AUGGAUUGGAAUAUUGUGACCGAAGGGUUUCGAGAACGGAAAUCAGCAUGGAUAUAUACAUUUCAAAAAGUCGACCUAAUUAAAGUAUGUGAGCGUUAUAAUAUUAAAUGCAGUGAUAAAGAUACGCUUGACGAAUUAAGAAAAAAAAUCUCGGCAGUAAUUAAAGAGACAAAUAAAGAAGAGACAGUGGACGAUAAGAACAAAGUGAGCAGUGGCAGUGAAUUUAAAAUGUCGUUCGCAGGAACAAUGAUCGAACUUUUUAAAAAAGGAAACAAUUGGAACGCAUUUGAAAAACAGUUAGGUGCUUUUAUAGCAUUAAAUAAUGUGGAAGAUUCGAAGAAAUCCGCGUUAUUAAUUACAAGACUAUCAUCCGCAGUGUCUGAAGAACUUCUGUCUGUGUGUGAAAAUGUGGAUCCAUUAACAUUGGAUUAUGCGGCAUUAAUUUCCAAAUUAUCGACUUUAUACGAGCCUAAAGGUAAUGAACACCUUUCACGAUUUACAUUUAGGGAUCGAAAACAAAAAGAAGGUGAAUCGAUUAAAGAUUACAUGGUAGCUCUUCGAGGAUUAGUAACCAAAUGUAAAUUUGGUACCAACGAAACGAAAGGACAAUUGAAGGACCAAUUGAUUUCGGGAGUUAAGUCUAAAACUAUUCGUUAUGAAUUAUUAAAAGAGUCAGACAAAACAUUAGAUAAAUUACUGAAACUGGCAGAAACUGUGGAAAUGGCUUUAGCAGAGAUGAACGAUGAUAAGAAGAAGGUUAUCCAAGAAAACAAACAAGUCGAAGAUAUCGAAAACAAUGAGGUUUCUUCAGUCCACGCAAUUUGGAAUAACAAUCAAGGCCAACAACGGAAAUAUUACAACAAGGAUAAUAAGGUUCUCAUUCAUCAGCAGCAGGAUACUCAAAUGAUCAAGACUCAAAUUGCAAAUGCUGUGGAAAGAAGAAUCAUACAAAGGAUCAAUGUUAUCUUCGAGAAAAAUACGAGGGUGGAUUGA